AUGCUCUGGAGGACGAUCGGUGGGGUCGGAAAGCGAAGACGGGUGGAAUACUUGGAGAGACUUGACAUUCCUGCCACUUGCGGAACACAGGGAGAUCCACAUCCGGCCGCUGUGGGGCAAAAGAAAGGCGGGCAGUCUGAGAGGCUUCGUCACAGCGAGAGAGCUGCGAAACGGGCAAGGGUUGCUCAGAAGAAAGCACAGGCGCUGCCUCUGGGCGGCCUCUCGCCCGCCACCCUACCGCGAGUCACACUUGAACCUCAGCCCGCCCGGCCCUCGCCCUCGAGGUCCCCGCCGAGAAAAUCCACACACUGCAAAACGCCCACCAGCCUCCCCGUCUGCGGCCCCGGGCAGGUCGGCGGGGCGGCCCCGAGCAGGGCGGACGCGCGCCGAGGGGCAGAGAGCAGCCGCCUUCACCACCCGGGCCUGAUGGAGGAGCAGCGGCUCCGGCGCACCCCUACCCCCAACCCCGGCGAACUUCACCGGCCGCGCGGACAUCCGCCCCGGGCGCACCCGCUCCGCUCCCUCCCUUCCCGGGCGGCCCCUCCGUCGCAGCGCGCCAACUCCGGGCCCCGCGAGCCCAUCACCCGCGUCGGCCGUUUCCCGGCACCGCGGGCCACGCGCCGCCCGCCGAGCCACUCGCACGGCCGCCCCUCGUCCGGCUCCCCCACGCCCUCAGGCGGAGGCAGGGUUCCCCACGCCCCGUCCCGGUCCCGCCGCGCUCCGCGGCCACCAGGGCCCUCUCUGGACCCUCCACCGCAGAUCCGCAGGAGCGGGAGCCACUUCUCCGACGAGCUGUCUGAAGUCCGGCGGUGGCAGCUGCUCCAAGACCGGGCCGGUGCCGCCCCCGCAUGCGCGCCGGAAGGACGGUGCAGCCAAGCAGGCGCGGGUUCCUCAGCAUCCGGUCUCCGCUCAGCCCGCUGCGUGGACAGAACGGCUCGGGCAGCUCCUCCCGGCCGGCCGAACACUGAGGGAGCAGCACCACCGGCUUCUCUCAGCGGCGCUCGCGAUGCUACUGACUUUGAAUAUGGCGGCGGCAGCGCCUGCAACCGCAAGACUCACUAUCUAAAGAGAUGUCAACAGGAGCCCACGGAGGUGACUGUGGGGAGCUUCCCUGGGCAAGGCAGUGGGGUGGGGCCUGGGCGGCCAGCAGGCCCUGCAGCAGUGGCACAGGGCCUUGCAGCUUCAAGAGGCCCUUUCUGUGACCACCCGGGCCCCGGUGCCCCACCUUUGAACUGGAGCCCCCUGAAGCAGGUGCUUGCUCAGAGGGCUGAGAGGGGACACCAUAAGCAAUCCUGGACUUGCCUCAGUGACCCCGAGGUCCACACUGGACAGUGGGCCCCACCGCUCCCUGGACAAACCACUCUGUGUGGGCAGGAGAGUGGGCACCUGGGCCCAGGUGUGCAUGUCCUGGACAACAGCUCCACCUACUCUGAACUCAUGCAGACACCCAGUGGCCACCCCAGGAAACACCCCCUGAAGAAAAUCAUGAAGAAAACACAAAGCUUUGAGAUUCCAUUAGGCUGUGGCCCCAGGAAUGGGCACUGGCCAGGCCACACGGGGUUCUUCGUCAGAGGACUGGAGACCACCACUGCCACAGCCCCAGAGAAGGGACCCCUGAGCCAGGGUGCUGAGAGCCCCCCUCGGAACCGGAGUCUGUCCUCUCCCACCAGGACCCGGCCCUGUGAGGACGACGGGAGGAAGAGAGAGAGCAGGAAGCAACUCCAGCACAUAAUGGCCGGGAUGAUUUCCACAGAGAGGGAGUAUGUCAGGUCCUUAGGAUAUGUCAUCGGCAACUAUUUUCCAGAAAUGGAAAGAGCAGUCCUGCCCCAGGACCUCCAUGGGAAGAGCCAUGUUAUCUUUGGGAAUGGGGCGGAGCUCCACGACUUCCAGGGCUGGCACUUCCGCAGGGAGCUGGAGUGCUGUGAGCUCUGUCCACUGGCCAUGGGCCAGGGUUUCCUCAGACACGAGGAACAGCUUGGCUUGUACACGCUCUACAGCAAGAACAAGCCCCAGGCAGACGCCCUGCUCCACAGCCACAGCAACACCUUCUUCAAGGACAAGCAACGGGAGCUGGGUGACAAGAUGGACCUGGACUCCUACCUGCUGAAGCCCGUGCAGCGCAUGGGUCAGUAUGUGCUCCUGCUCCAGGACCCAGUCAAGGAGGCUGGCCUCUGCCCGACCCAACAGUAGGAGCUGGGGGAACUGGGAGUCACCAAGGACAUGGUCCGCUUCCAGCUGUGCCACGGCAGCGAUCUGCUUGCUGUGGAUGCCAUCCGCAACUGCGACAUAAGCGUGAAUUUGAAGGAACAGGGGCCACUAAGAUGCCAGGAUGCAUUCAUCAUUCGCUGUGGAAGGAGAAAGUAUUUGAGGCAAGUGUUCCUCUUUGAAGACCCCAUCCUGUUCGGUAAGACCACAAAGGUGAGUGGGGACUACAACACCUACACGUACAAGCAGUCCUUCAAGACAGCAGAGAUCAGGAUGAAGGAGAAUGUGGGCGACAGCGGUUUGAGGUUCAAGAUCUGGUUCCAAAGGUGGAAAUCCCAGGACACCUACAUUCUCCAGGCCAGCUCUGUGGAGGCCAAGACCACCUGUACCGACGUGAUCAGGAAGAUCCUGUGGUGGUAGGCACUGAGGAACAGAGAACUCAGAAUGCAGGAGGUGGUGUGUAUGGGGAUGGGCAACAAGCUGUUUGUGGACAUCAAGCCCAGCCAUGUAGCCAGAAGUGACCAGGCUGCCGACUACAUCACGAAGGAGACAGAGUCACAGACCCAAAUGUCCACAGCUGUGCCUGCUCCCGGUGGCCAGGCCGCCCCCUUCAAGAGGCCACAUUCCACCAUCUCAGAGAGCAGCACAUCCUCCUCCAGCAGCCAGCCCUCCACCCGGGGGCCAUGGUGCCUGCAUGGACCUGGCUGCCCAGCCCACGCGGGACCACUGAGCUCCGCCCACUGCCACUGGCCAUGUGACAUUCCCGCCUGCAUCGAGGAGGAUGAGCAGGAGCAGGUGGCAGGGAGUCAGCCUUCCACAUGUGAGUACAUUUGCACGUGGGAGCCAUGCACACUCAGCCUCCUGCAGCUGGUUUGGGUGGGGGUGCCCACACGUUCAUUUAUUUCUUUUGGUGUUAUGUACUUCCAAAAGUUUCAAACAAUUUAG